GUUCGCAAAUGUCAAACGCGCAAUUUCCAAUGUUUUUGUUGACAUUCUUUGCCAUGAUAAGAGGGCACGAACCGACCUUCUAGCGAUAGUAACGAAAUUGUGCAAAAUAAUGAAUAUUUACCUGAAACGAUGUGUGCCACGCAACCCGUACGCUGCCAUAAUCUACCGAGCGCUCGGUUCGUCCGAGGUGGCCACGGCGCUGCGGCCCUUUUACUUCGCCGUCCAUCCGGACCUGUUCGGGAGGUACCCGCAGGAGCGCCAGGUCAACGAAGACUCCCUUAAACUGCUGAGCGCCCACCUGGAGUCGCUGCUGAGCCAACGGCGCGUUCUUCCUUCGACACCAAAAAUACUCCCGUUCUACGUGCGGGCCUCGAACGCCCCGGAACACCGCGGCAUCUUCAAGCUAGUCAAGGUUCAGAUGGAACGAACGACCGACACCAAGCUGGUGCUGAGAAAGAUACUGGAAUCGUGCAAUCUGUCCACGGAGUUUGUGGAGAAAAUGGUCUCGACGGCGGCGACGACGACGGCUGGCGGCAGUUCCAGAGGACAAAAGUCAAGGUCAAGCAGCACAGGAGGAGGUGGUCAGACGUAUCGGAGACGAGCCGAGCAGGAUGAGGAAUCGCCGUUCGAGAGUGAGUUCGACAUCUUUCAGUUUCGGGUGAAGAAAGCGCGGGAGAACGAAUCGCUCAAGUAUUGGCUACGGAAACACUUGGUUACGGCGACGGUGCGGAUGAGGGCACUGCAGGAGAUGAAGGACGAGGACGAAAAGUUGCGGGAAUCGAUGGUGAAGUUGAUGGGGGCGAAGGACAUUGUGUACGACUGCGGCUGGAACGCGGAACACUUUGGAGGGUGUUUGAAAAGUCUCGAACGGUUGGUGGCGUUGCAUCCGAAGGCGAUCGCGGGUGUUAAAGAUCGGGUGGUGGUGUUUGCGUCCUUCACUGGAGUGAGCCUGGAUGGGCACAUAAUGCUGUUUACCGGGGACGUGCAGGAGAAUUGGUUGGAUCUUCUUCAAAACGUGGAAAAGCACGACGCGCACCUGCGCAAACUGCCCGCGUACGAGCACGCCUUGUCGCAGGUUCUACGCAACAUUCGCGUAGGCCGACGCAAGUUCAUGCCCAAAGCGCAAGCCAUGGCGUACGCUUCUCAUCUGCGUAAAAUAACCACGAGCUUGCUCGAUUACCUCAGCAAGGCAAAGUACCCGAAAAGUUGGCCAACCGAUCUGUCCCAGUUUGAAAUUGUGGUCGAAAGCGAAGCCGGUCCCCUGAUGGUCAGCCCCACCGGCCAGCUCAUCGUUCCGGCGACCUGCCCGGGUGUGCUGCUAGUCGACUUUCUCACCAAUCACCUCGAGGAAUCGCUGCACAAACAGCAAUCGUACAAUCUGCACAAAUACGUCGAGCGGGAUCUGCACGCGCGUUGCGUUCAACAAUUUCGCCUCCUUUCGCUCAGCAAAGACGAUUCGGUGACGCCCGACCGGAUGAUCGAGUGUCUGGAAAAACUGCUCACGGAAGCCGCAGGUUUCGAGCUGGCCGACGUGCAUCUCAACGUGACGACGUACUACUCGGUGCUGACCGACGGGACGGUCUGCAUUCCGUGGGAUUGGAAAUGAAGUUAAUUUGUAGUUCAAGUCCCUGCUUUAAUGUACAAUGUUAAAAUGCUUGGCUGCUUCCAAAAAAAGAGAGGAAGAGAUAGCUUUCGACUGCAGAUUUGUUGAUUGUUUUUUGUUUAACUCUGAAGAACUACUUCAUACUAGAAACUUUCUCGGAAAAGAACUGGUAUCCUAGCUUUAGUAAAUGUUUACUUAGUAUUAGUACCAAAUUUAAAUUGAUACGGACAAGACAAUAAACAAAAUUUACUAUUUUAUGUGAUUUAAGUAGCUGUAAAAAGUGUUAAUAAAUUGUAGAACUUUAAA